CUGGGCGGCUGGGCGGCCGGCCGGCGGGGCGGCGGGGAGGAGGGAGGGGCAGGCGCCUGCAGCGGCGACAGCGGCAGCUGCGGCGCGAACAGGCCCGCAGCGACAAGCGCACGGAGAGCGCGAGGUCCGCGCAGCCCAGCCCAGCCAUGGAGCCCCGCACGGACUCGUUCCAUGAUGUCCCUGUCGGUGCGGCCGCAGCGCCGCCUGCUCAGCGCCCGGGUCAAUAGGAGCCAGUCCUUCGCAGGCGUCCUCAGCAGCCACGAGCGGGGGCCCAGGAGCUUCCCGGCCUUCAGUCCCCCAGGGCCCCCACGGAAGCCCCCAGCGCUCUCCCGUGUUUCCAGGAUGUUUUCCGUGGCGCACCCAGCCACCAAGGUCCCGCAGCCUGAGCGGCUGGAUUUGGUGUACGCUGCACUCAAGCGGGGCCUGACUGCCUACUUGGAAGUGCAUCAACAGGAGCAGGAGAAACUCCAGGGGCAGAUACGGGAGUCCAAGAGGAAUUCUCGCCUGGGCUUCCUGUAUGACUUGGACAAGCAAGUCAAGUCCAUUGAACGCUUCCUGCGACGGCUGGAGUUCCAUGCUAGCAAGAUUGAUGAGCUAUAUGAGGCAUACUGUGUCCAGCGACGUCUCCGGGAUGGUGCCUACAACAUGGUCCGUGCCUACAGUACUGGGUCCCCAGGGAGCCGCGAGGCCCGAGACAGCCUGGCCGAGGCCACUCGGGGGCAUCGAGAGUACACAGAGAGCAUGUGUCUGCUGGAGAGUGAGCUGGAGGCACAGCUGGGCGAAUUCCAUCUCCGCAUGAAAGGGUUGGCCGGCUUCGCCAGGCUGUGUGUGGGCGAUCAGUAUGAGAUCUGCAUGAAAUAUGGGCGUCAGCGCUGGAAACUCCGGGGCCGCAUUGAGGGUAGUGGAAAGCAGGUGUGGGACAGUGAGGAAACCGUCUUUCUUCCUCUGCUCACGGAAUUCCUGUCCAUCAAGGUGACAGAGCUGAAGGGCCUGGCCAACCACGUAGUUGUAGGCAGCGUCUCUUGCGAGACCAAGGACCUGUUCGCUGCCCUGCCCCAGGUUGUGGCAGUGGACAUCAAUGACCUUGGCACCAUCAAGCUCAGCCUGGAAGUCACAUGGAGCCCAUUCGACAAGGAUGACCAGCCCUCGGCUGCUUCUACUGUCAACAAAGCCUCCACAGUCACCAAGCGCUUCUCCACCUAUAGCCAGAGCCCACCAGACACGCCCUCACUUCGGGAGCAGGCCUUCUAUAAUAUGCUGAGGCGACAGGAGGAGCUGGAGAAUGGGACGGCAUGGUCCCUGUCAUCUGAAUCUUCGGACGACUCAUCCAGCCCACAGCUCUCAGGCGCUACCCGCCACUCAUCAGCCCCCAGGCCCCUGGUACAGCAGCCUGAGCCUCUGCCCAUCCAAGUUGCCUUCCGUAGGCCUGAGACCCCCACCUCUGGACCUGUGGAUGAGGAGGGGGCCGUGGCCCCAGUCCUGGCCAAUGGGCAUGCCCCCUACAGCCGGACUCUGAGCCAUAUCAGUGAGGCCAGUGUGGAUGCUGCCUUGGCUGAGGCUUCAGUGGAGGCUGUGGGCCUAGAAAGCAUAGCCCGGGGACCUAGCCUGCCAGCACACCCAGAUCCCACCCAUGGGGAACACCCUGGUCCUGUCUCUCCUGCCCUGGACCCUGGCAAUUCUGCCACAAGUCCCACUCUUAGUACAACAGGCCCUGCCUAUAUAUCUACAGACCCUGCCCCAUCUGCACACCUAGACUUGGUUCACAAGACCCCAGACUCUAGCUUUCCUGAACUGCCAGGCCCCACACACACCACUACAAGCUCCACCUAUAGUGCCAUGAGGCCUACCCACAGUGCUGCAAGCCUUACUCACACUACCACAGGUUCCACCCACAAGCCCAUGCUCUCGACGCUCACUAUUACAGACCCUACCCCCAGUGCUACAGGCCCAGCCCAGACCACCACAAGUCUUACCCACACUGUCACAAACCUGACACAUACUGUCACAAGCCCAACAGACAAGCCCAUGCUCUCUACCCUCACUACUACAGGCUCUACCCCCUGUGCCACAGGUCAGGCCCAUACUACCACAGGCCCCACCCACAAGCCCAUGUUUUCUAUCCUCAUGACUGCGGGUCCUACCCCCAAUACUACAGGCCCAGCCCAGCCCACCACAAGCCCCACCCACAGCACUGCACGCCCCACCCACACUGCUGCAGGCCCCACCUACACUACUGCAAGCCCUACUGACAAAUCCAGGAUGUCAACUCACACCUCUACAAGUCCUACCCCUAAUGCUAAGGACCCAGUCCAGACUACCAGAAGCCCCACCCAUCCUGUCACAAGCCCCACCCUUAUAACUGUAAGCCCUUCUACUUCUUUAGACCUCACCACACUCCCCAGCCCCUCUGCCCACACAGACCCCACUCUCCCAGGCACCGACCCCCUGUCCUGUAGCCACCCAGCCUCCACUCCCUGUACUCAGGCAGACCCUAUAUCCCCCAGCACCUCCUACCCAGGUCCUACCUGUUCCAGUUGGGAACCCCUCACAAGCCCUUCCCCAGACUCCCAAGAGCCUAUCCUUCAGAGCCCAAGCCCUGCUCCCUCAUCCCUAGACCCUGUGCCCCAGCAUUCAGACUUUAGCCUGACUGUGGCUGCCCAGGCCCCAGUUCCAGGGGCAGCUGGAGAGGCUGGGGACAGGAGGCUGGAGGAGGCACUGGGGGCCCUAAUGGCUGCCCUUGAUGACUAUCGUGGCCAGUUCCCUGAGCUGCAGGGCCUGGAGCAGGAGGUGACCCGGCUGGAGAGUCUGCUCAUGCAGAGACAGGGCCUGACUCGCAGCCGGGCUUCCAGUCUUAGCAUCACUGUGGAGCAUGCCCUGGAGAGCUUCAGCUUCCUCAACGAGGAUGAAGAUGAAGACCAUGAUGGUCCUAGGGACAGGCCCCCAAGCAGCCUGGAGCCUGGGGCUGAGGACAGCCUCGACUCGCUCAGUGCCCGCCCCCUCAGCACGGAGUGUCCAGCUCUGGACACUGCCUUGGUCCAGCACCUGUACCACUGCAGCCGCCUCCUGCUGAAACUGGGCACAUUUGGGCCCCUGCGCUGCCAGGAGGCAUGGGCCCUGGAACGGCUGCUGCAGGAGGCUCGAGUAAUUGAGGCAGUAUGCGAGCUUAGCAGGCGAUGGGAAAUCCCUGCCACCUCCGCCCAGGAAGUGGUGCAGUUCUCAGCCUCUCGGCCCGGCUUCCUGACCUUCUGGGACCAGUGUACGGAGGGACUUAGCCCCUUCAUCUGCUCCGUGGAGCGGGUGCUCCUCACCUUCUGCAAUCAGUACAGUGCCCGUCUCUCCCUGCGCCAGCCAGGCUUAGCAGAGGCUGUAUGUGUCAAGUUCCUAGAAGAUGCCCUGGGGCGGAAGCUGCCCAGGAGGCCCCAGUCAGGCCCUGGAGAGCAGCUCACCAUCUUCCAGUUCUGGAGUUACAUUGAAGCCUUGGACAGCCCCUCCAUGGAGGCCUAUGUGACAGAGACCGCCGAGGAGGUGUUACUGGUGCGGAAUCUGAACUCAGAUGACCAGGCUGUUGUGCUGAAGGCCCUUAGGUUGGCGCCUGAGGGGCGGCUACGAAGGGAUGGGCUCCGGGCCCUCAGCUCCCUGCUUGUCCAUGGCAACAACAAGGUCAUGGCUGCUGUCAGCACCCAGCUCCGGAGCCUGUCACUGGGCCCUGCCUUCCGGGAAAGGGCCCUACUGUGCUUCCUGGACCAGCUCGAGGAUGAGGAUGUACAGACGAGAGUAGCUGGCUGCCUCGCCCUGGGCUGCAUUAAGGCUCCAGAGGGCAUUGAGCCCCUUGUGUACCUGUGCCAAACGGACACAGAAGCCGUGAGGGAAGCUGCCCGGCAGAGCCUGCAACAGUGUGGGGAAGAGGGACAAUCUGCCCAUCGACGGCUGGAGGAGUCACUGGACGCCCUACCCCGCAUCUUUGGACCCGGCAGCAUGGCCAGUACGGCAUUCUAAACUCCCUACUCACCGGCUCCCAGUGCCCCUUCCCCCAACUUUCAGGGCUUACCAGGCACUGGCAGGGAGGGUGAGGGCUGGCUCCAGACACCCCUCCUCCACAGAUUCCUAUCAAUGAAAAUCUAAUAUAUUCUUCUGUUGCCCCUGGGGUUGAUAGAGUCAGUGCCUGCAGUCAAGUGCCUCCCAGCCUCGGCUCAGCACACUUACCACAAGUCAGUGUCCCGGGCCUGGCCAUCCUGCCUCUGCCCCAACACAUCCCUUGGUUUUGUAUUUUAUUUACAGAGUUUUACAGAAAAUAAAAAAGCAAGAUGCCUUUCCUACAUGGCCUGGCCUGGUGCACUCCUGACCCUCUAUUCCAGUUGUGGCCCUUCCUGACACUAGUAUGUCCACUCUCCAAUGGCAUGUGCUUUUUGCCCUGGAAAUCCAGGUGGAAGAAAUCCCAGAGAUUGAAACUAGGCUUGGAGAGGAGGGGCAGAGGAAGAGGGUGGUGGGAUGUUGCUAAGGAGGCUCAGCCUGCAGCCUGGGCAUGCCCUGGGCCUAGAAGCUACAGGCCCAGGCUGGAGCCAAACUGUGGAGUUGGCCUAGAGGAGACCCAAAGCGUGCCAGUCCUGAGAACAGCUCCCCAGCAGCUAGCUCCUGGUGACCGCCCAGAGGCAAAAGGAAGCAGGCAAGAAAAGAAAGUGCAGUGGUGGCUAGAGCUUCUGGCCACCAGGGGGCAGCAGAACCCUGCCAGGGCCAGGCUUCUUGGUGUUCCUUUGCCCAGACAGCUUCCUAUAGAGGGGGCUGAGCACCAGGACCUCCUUGAGGGCUGAGUAGUAAGAGGAGAUCCUCACAGAGGGGAAGAGCUGGGGCCUGGGAGGCAGGAGACCCGGAUGGCUGCCCUGUGACCCUAAACAGCAAGUCUCUCCUCUCCCUGAGCUGCCUCCUCUCUGUAAUAACAAACCUGACUGAACCCAGUGGCCUCCCACAGCCAGCCGACCAGCCUGUGCUCUGCUGCUUCAGGAAGCAGGGCUCCAGGGAGAGGGCUCACCUCCCCAAGAGCUGCCUGACACCUUCAGAGAACAAAAAAAAGAAGAAAGGAAAAAGGCAUGUUUGUGAAGGCAAAGAAGCAGAUGGGUUGGCACGUGGGAAGAGGAUUGCUUCUUUGCUUCGCCCACAGAGUGGAGCGGGGGUGCCUUUCUUGUGUGUUUCUAUGCAUGGUGUGUGGGUACAAUUUGCUGAACCCUAGACAUAUGAUAUGCUCCCUCCUUUCCCUCCACCGUCCCCCACCCUGAAAGCCUUGGAGUGUCCUAUUCAUGCCAUCCAUCCUGUGUGGACAGAAGGCUCUUGGCUUGGCUGCAGAAUGCAGCUCAUUUAGGCCUGGGUAGUACAAGAGGGUGAGCUUGGGAAGGACUCCAGGUCCCAUACAAACUGCUAAGGAAGAACAAUCCUAUCUUUUAGGAAGUAAGACUGUCAUUGGCCUGAAGAAAGGGGCCUCUUUUUUCAGAAGGUUGCAGUGGAGUGAUGGCCACGAUUUCAGUUUGAUGUCCAUGGUCAAGUCUUACUUGUCUCUGAAUAUAUCCAAGGCAUAUGGACCCUCAAUAAAUGCUGACAUAGAGCAGCUGAAUAAACAGAUGAAUUGCUAUGGCAAACA